CCUGAAUUGAGCGUACACCUUAACGGUAAACAUGGAUGCUGCCACCAAUUACGGUGCAUCUUCCCCUCCAGAAACUACUGAAGAGAUCAUAACAACGUUUGUAAUGGACAUACAAUGUAUAAGCGAGAAGCUGGCCAACUUGAACUCACUGUCAAUGUGUGUGGAAAUUAAAGAAAAUGACCUCGAGGCUUUCGUUUCUGAUACGGAUUCUGAUUUGGUUAUCAAGACGCUAGAAUACGCCCUUUUAUCUGGCUUUUUGGACUCAGAGGUGAAUUUACUAGAGGCAUACAUAUCUCAUCUUCAGAUGGAAAAAGAUAAUGUAAUAAAGUCUUUAUUUUCAAGAAUACACGGUGGAGAAACUUUAAGCGGGAUGGUAGACAUGUUGCAUGAUUCUGAAAAGGCGUUGGAACUAUUACUGGCGGAUGUGUUAGAAAUAAAAACACGAUCCGCCAAUUUUGAGAAGAAUUUGAUAAGAUUAUGCGGAUGUGAGGACUAUACGGAGUCCUUAAACAGCAUCGAUCAAGCAGAACUAAAUGAGAAAAUGAAAAUGAACAUGCAUACCUUAGAGUCUCAUAGGGAUGUUUUGAGGAAGCUUGACAAAUCUUUGGAGAGAGAAAUAAAUUUGGAGAAUAGGGUGAGUGAGUUGACUCAAAUGGAAGAAACGUUGACCACAAGGCUACGAUUAUCAGAACAAGAAGUGGUUUAUGCUAAAGAGGAAGCUGAAACGACGUUUGAAAAGUUCUAUGAAACAGACCACACACGUGAACUGUUAACGGAAACCUGUAAAGUAUUAAUAAGUAAAAUCAAUAUGUUACAAUUCAAUCUUAAAGGCUCAAUUCAGCGAGAAUCGCAAUUGAAAAGAGACUUACUGAAACUUGAAGAACGCUCUACAGACGAGAGUGCAUAUACCGAAGGGAUUCUGGAACUGAUAUCAACUAUAGAAGAUUUGAGAGCACAAGUAAUGGAGGCUGAAUACAAGCGUAAGGAACUCAAGGAUGCCAAUGAGAAAGUGGUUUCGCUUGAAGCAGAACUGAGUGAUGUUAAAGUUAAGCUGCAACAUGCGGAGACAUGUUAUAAAGAUAUUGGAGAAGAAAAAAACGUGUUACUUUCGACUAUUUUAGGCAUGGAUAAUGUAAUUGAGGACCUGAAGAAUAAGGUUACACAAGGUAAAGUUCAGACCAAGAGUAUGGAGGACAGGUAUAUCUUCUUGUCUAAAUCAAAAUCAAGCCUCAAGAAAGAACUCAAAAUCGUUAAGGGUAAAGUUAAAAGCUUGGAAAAGUCGUUGCAUCAAAUGGAGGAAACCAAGAACGCAUUUGCUGAUAACGUUAAUCAUUGUAGCAACGUUAUAUUAAAUCUGGUUAAGCAGACGACACUUGAAAGAGAACGCCUCCGAAAUCAGAUAUCUUACUUAAAACAAGAUAACAAAAUCUUGCUAAAUCACUCAAAGAAAACAGACGAAGAUCCUGACGUAGAAGACAGGUACGACGAUAAAGCUAGCAGUAAUGACGACUUCACUACAGAUAACAAAGAAGCCUUAUCAACCAAUUUUGAGGUAGAGAAUGUAACAGAUUCUACCGAGACUGCAAGAGGCAUUGAUGCAAGACAACUAAAGACGAAAGACGUUUUGUUGGUACUCUUCAUACUAGUCAUUCCACUACUUGGGGUACUUGUUUAUCAAACUCGGGUCAAACAUAUUAUGUAAGACGGGUUAAGAAUCUUGGUCUGGAAGGAAGGAAAGCUAAGUUUGUUGUGUGGAAAAACUAUAAGCCUUGUUUAGCUGGGAUGUUGAUGUAGGGAGAUGAAUAGUGUGUUGAUAGAAUGUUGUUUUUCUUAACUUUGGUAAUGUGACUUCAUCCUUGGUAUAAAAAGGGUUUUAGUUUGUUUU